AUGUCAACUCUUAUCGAUAUUACAACAGAGGAAGAAUGGCAGAAACAUACUGAAUCUCUGCCAUCAUCGACUCUGCAGAUCAUUAACUUUCACGCACCAUGGGCAGCACCAUGCGCGCAAAUGACAACCGUCCUCCGUACCCUCGCGCUAUCCUACCCCCAAACUACACCCCCAACCACCUCAUGGGUUUCCAUGAAUGCCGAAGAAGUAAUUUCCGUCUCCGAUGCCUUUGACGUAACUGCGGUUCCCUACCUCGUCCUCACCCGCAACAAUGUUGUCCUAGAGACCGUCUCCGGCAGCGACGCCACCAAAGUCCGCAAUGCCAUUGAAAAACACGCCAACUCUCCCUCCACCUCCACAAACGGUACAUCUGUCAAGCCCGUCCCCAGUAUAAACCAUGCCUCUACCGCACCAUCAACAACCGCACCUAUCACUUCCACCGAAUCCGAAGAACCAAUGUCUAAAGAAGAUCUUCACGCUCGCUUAUCCAAUCUUGUUAAGGCAGCUCCUGUGAUGUUGUUCAUGAAAGGAACACCUUCUGCACCCCAGUGCGGUUUCUCUCGUCAACUCGUCGCUUUACUAAGAGAAAAGUCGGUGAAAUAUGGAUUUUUUAAUAUUUUGGCCGAUGAUGAGGUAAGGCAGGGUCUUAAGGAAUUUGCGGAUUGGCCUACUUUCCCACAAUUGUGGAUGGAUGGAGAACUCGUUGGAGGUCUGGAUAUUGUCAAAGAAGAAGCAGCAAAUGAUCCAGAUUUCUUCACUGCAUAUAGUGUCGCCAAACCGGCAGCAGCGGCGUAGAUAAG